AUGGCCCUCAAGAUGGUCAAGGGCAGCAUCGACCGCAUGUUCGACAAGAACUUGCAGGACCUGGUGCGCGGCAUCCGCAACCACAAGGAGGAGGAGGCAAAGUAUAUCUCUCAGUGUAUUGAUGAAAUCAAGCAAGAGCUGAAGCAGGACAAUAUCGCAGUCAAAGCAAACGCCGUCUGCAAGCUGACGUAUUUGCAAAUGUUGGGAUACGACAUAAGCUGGGCUGCCUUCAACAUCAUAGAAGUGAUGAGUGCCUCCAAGUUCACGUUCAAGCGCAUUGGCUACCUUGCUGCUUCCCAGUGCUUUCACGAAGGGACCGAUGUCAUCAUGCUGACUACAAACCAGAUUCGCAAGGACCUGAGCAGCCCGAGCCAGUACGACACUGGAGUUGCACUGACUGGACUGUCCUGUUUUGUUACCCCAGAUCUUGCCAGAGACUUGGCCAAUGACAUCAUGACAUUGAUGUCACACACCAAACCGUAUAUCCGGAAGAAGGCUGUGCUGAUCAUGUACAAGGUGUUCCUGAAGUAUCCCGAGUCUCUGCGCCCUGCCUUCCCCCGCCUGAAAGAGAAGCUGGAAGACCCUGACCCUGGGGUCCAAUCGGCGGCAGUCAAUGUCAUCUGUGAGCUGGCCAGACGCAACCCCAAAAACUACCUUUCCCUGGCCCCACUAUUCUUCAAGCUGAUGACCUCCUCGACAAACAAUUGGGUCCUCAUUAAAAUCAUCAAACUCUUUGGUGCUCUGACCCCCUUGGAGCCAAGGUUGGGCAAGAAGCUGAUCGAGCCUCUCACCAACCUGAUCCACAGCACUUCUGCCAUGUCCCUUCUCUACGAAUGUGUGAACACUGUCAUCGCAGUUCUCAUCUCCCUGUCCUCCGGCAUGCCUAAUCACAGUGCCAGCAUCCAGCUCUGUGUUCAGAAGUUAAGGAUAUUAAUAGAAGACUCGGACCAAAACUUGAAAUACCUGGGGCUGUUGGCCAUGUCCAAGAUCCUGAGAACGCACCCCAAGUCUGUGCAGGCCCACAAAGACCUCGUUUUGCAGUGUCUGGAUGACAAGGACGAGUCCAUCCGGCUGCGGGCCCUCGACCUCCUGUAUGGAAUGGUGUCUAAGAAGAACCUGAUGGAGAUUGUCAAGAAGCUGAUGACCCACGUGGACAAGGCGGAGGGCACAACCUACCGGGAUGAGCUGCUUACGAAGAUCAUUGACAUCUGUAGCCAGUCCAACUACCAACACAUCACAAACUUUGAAUGGUACAUCAGCAUCCUGGUGGAGCUGACCCGGCUGGAAGGCACUCGCCAUGGCCACCUCAUCGCUGCACAGAUGCUAGACGUGGCCAUCCGAGUGAAGGCCAUCCGGAAGUUCGCCGUGUCACAAAUGUCUGUGCUGCUCGACAGCACUCACCUGGUGGCCAGUAGCACCCAGCGCAAUGGGAUCUGUGAGGUGCUCUACGCCGCUGCCUGGAUCUGUGGGGAGUUCUCAGAGCACCUGCAGGAGCCCCACCAGACCCUGGAGGCCAUGCUGCAGCCCAAGGUCACCACUUUGCCAGGCCACAUCCAGGCUGUGUACGUGCAGAAUGUGGUGAAGCUGUACGCGUCCAUCCUGCAGCAGAAGGAACAGGACUCAGAUGCUGAGGCGGCCCAGGAGCUCACACAGCUCAUGGUGGAGCGGCUACCCCAGUUUGUGCAGAGUGCAGACCUGGAGGUCCAAGAGCGGGCAUCCUGCAUCUUGCAGCUGGUCAAGCACAUCCAGAAGCUUCAGGCCAAGGAUGUGCCAGUGGCAGAAGAAGUGAGCGCCCUCUUUGCCGGGGAGCUGAACCCAGUGGCUCCCAAGGCCCAGAAGAAGGUUCCGGUCCCCGAAGGCCUGGACCUGGAUGCCUGGAUCAACGAGCCGCUCUCAGAUAGUGAGUCUGAGGAUGAGAUGCCCAAGGCUAUCUUCCAUGAUGAGGAGCAACGGCAUGCCAAGCAGCAGCCACCCAAGGCCGAUGAGGAGGAGCUGGCCCGGCGUCGAGAAGCCCGGAAACAGGAGCAGGCCAACAACCCCUUCUAUAUCAAAAGUUCCCCGUCCCCCCAAAAGCGUUACCAGGAUGCACCGGGCGUGGAGCACAUACCUGUAGUGCAGAUCGACCUCUCAGUGCCCCUGAAGGUGCCAGGGCUGCCCACAUCGGAGCAGUACGUGAAGCUGGAGGAGGAGAGGCGGCACCGGCAGCGGCUUGAGAAGGACAGGCGGAAGAAAAAGAGGAAGGAGAAGAAGGGCAAGACGCGACGCCAUAGCUCGCUGCACACAGAGAGUGAUGAGGACAUUGCCCCAGCUCAGCAGGUGGACAUCGUCACUGAGGAGAUGCCCGAGAAUGCUCUGCCCAGUGACGAAGACGACAAAGAUCCCAAUGAUCCCUACAGAGCCCUGGACAUUGACUUGGAUAAGCCCUUAGCUGACAGCGAGAAACUGCCCGUCCAGAAACACAGAAAUGCCGAGACCUCCAAGUCCCCUGAGAAAGAGGAUAUACCUGUCAUAGAAAAGAAAAGCAAGAAACCCAAGAAGAAAGAGAAGAAGCACAAAGAGAAAGACCGGGAAAGAAGGAAAGAGAAGGAGCGGAAGGGCGAGGACUUGGAUUUCUGGCUGUCCACCACACCACCACCACCUGCCGCUGCCCCAGCCGCAUCCAUGGAAGGGCCAACAGUGAGCACAGUUGUCACUGCUCCUGAGGAAGAGCGUGAGGGACCCAAGAGACAGGAGCAAGAUGAGGAAGAGGAGGAGGAGGAAGAGCGAGACUCUGAGAAGAAACCAUCCAAGCAUAAGAAGAAGAAGCAUAAGAAGGAAAAGGAGGAGAGACCCAAAGACAAGAAGAAGUCCAAGAAGAAGCCUCCUGCAGAUGAUGAGGUGGCAGAGCCCCUGGAGAACGGCGCACUCCAUGAGCCUCUUCCGCCCAUGUCCAGCUACUCUCUCCUGGCUGAGAAUUCCUAUGUUAAAAUGACAUACGACAUUCAGGGCAGCCUCCAGAAGGACAGCCAGGUCACCGUGUUCAUUGUACUGGAAAACCUGAGCAGCAGCUUCCUGAAGAGCAUGGAGCUCAACGUGCUGGACUCACUCAACACCAAACUGGCCCGGCCAGAGGGCUCCUCUGUCCAUGAUGGCGUCCCCGUGCCUUUCCAGCUGCCUCCAGGCAUCUCCAACGAAGCUCAGUUUGUGUUCACCAUUCAGAGUAUCAUCAUGGCCCAGAAACUCAAGGGAACCCUGUCAUUUAUUGCUAAGAACGACGAGGGCUCUACCCACGAGAAGCUGGACUUCAAGUUGCACUUCAGCUGCACUUCAUACUUGAUCACGACUCCGUGCUACAGCGACGCCUUUGCCAAGUUGCUGGAGUCUGGGGACCUGAGCAUGAGCUCAAUCAAGGUUGAUGGCAUUAAUAUGUCCUUCCAGAACCUUUUGACAAAGAUCUGCUUUCAUCACCAUUUUUCUGUUGUGGAGCGAGUGGACUCCUGCGCCUCCCUGUACAGCCGAUCCAUCCAGGGUCACCACGUCUGCCUCCUCGUGAAAAAGGGUGAGAAGUCCGUAUCGGUGGAUGGGAAGUGCAGCGAUGCCACACUGCUCAGCAACCUGCUGGAGGAGAUGAAGGCUACAUUGGCCACGUGCUGA